UCGUAUCAGCAGUAAGACAUGGUGGAAACACGAUUACUGUACAAAGCCCGCAUGUAAGAGUGCGUCUAAAAUCAAUGUUAUAUGUAGCAUCCACAACUUUAAACUGGAUUUGUAAUUGGUGCUGUAAAUGUUAUGUUGAAAUUCCACUUUAACUGACGUCAAACCCAGGUUGGAGUUCAGACUUCCGAGGUAAAUGGAACGCAACAUAUGUCACAAGACAAACAUGGCCGCGUAUAUUUUUAUAACAUCGAGCUCCUAGUAUUCGUUAAAAGCCAACAUUGUAUGACCUCAAUUAUUAAUACAAACUGCGCGUUUCCAGGCACUUUGUGCGUAAUUCAGAGCAGGACUGAGGAUUUACACAGCUGUGUCGUUUAGCGACAGUCUUCUUAGUCUUUAUUAGCUUCAUCGACAUUAUGGCAUCUUCAUUUGUUGUUGGAGACAAAUUCAGAUGUCGGGUGACGGAGUUGCUGGGAUCCCCGGACUCAUCCCUGCCGGAAGGACUUAAAGAAGAACUGAUGGAGAUCCUGGAAAAACCAAAGCCAACAGUCCUGCCUUUCAGCACAGCAAGGAAGCUGAAGAAACACCUUCAGGAUAAAGGCCAUCCUUUCUAUCUUCAUCAAUUACUGGAAGACAGCUCACUGCACCUGCCUGAAGUCGUGAAGCCUCCCAGAAAUCCUGAGUUAGUGGCACGUCUUGAGAAGAUCAAAGCGAAACUGGCUAAUGAGGAAUACAACAGGAUGACGCGUAAUGUCAACACUCAGGAAAUGAACCGAAAUGGCACACUUGCAGAUUUUGGUCAGCAAGUGCGCUCAGUAAAAGCAGUGGUGGUGACUGUUUUCAACUUCCUGGUGACUUUAGUUGCUGCUUUUGCUUGCUCCUACAUGGGAAGCCAGUAUUUAUUUACUGAAACCGCAACGAGGGUGAUAUCAGCUGUUAUUGCUGCAUCUGUAGUUGGACUGGCUGAGCUCUAUGUCCUGGUCCGGACCAUGGAGGGAGAACUAGGGGAACCAUAGCAACUGUAAAAAAAAACAACUACAUACAGAUGUUUAGAUUUUUGUUUUUUAUUAAUUCUAUUUAUUUUAAAUACAUUUGUUGAACUUUCUCCAGUCAAACAUGAUUGUAAGUUUUAACAUGUUACUUACAUUCUUCACUUGUUUGUUAUUCCAAUCUUUUUGUUUUUCUAUCCUGUUGAUGUUUUUGUUUGGUUGUUUUCAAAUGCAAUCAUAUCUAAUACAUUUUUUUCAUUAAGACUCAAUAAAACUAGAAGUUUACACCUGCAGAAAAAGUUGAAAACAGAUGUAAAGUAUUUUAUUUUCUUUAAUUCAGGUUGAUGUUUGGGAAUCAGCCUAGACAAAAAAGCAACAAAAACAAAUCAUUAACUAGCUGCAAUAUCAGACUCUGAUACCUCGAUGAUCAACAACACACAUCUAAUUUAAAAUCUGAUCAGUUUUUUCCUGAUCUGUUCUCCAGAUAUGAAUUCAUGUUUUUGUAAACCACACCACUCUUGUCAAGUCCUGAUAUAUCAGUGGAUGGAUUAAAAGAUGUAACCACAUCUGGAAUACAAUAAAGUAUCCUCCUAAGAUCUGAGAUUUGACACCCGGAUUAAAGGUUUAUUGAAAGAUUAUUUGGUAUUAAAGAUGAUUAUGAUAUAGAGCGA